GUUACCAUGGUUACUUAAAAAGAAAGCAGGAAAACACGGAACUGAACUGUCCAAAGUAGUUGGGUGUCAGGUUUCUCAGGGGACGCCGUUAAAAAUUUGUGUUGACCACUUGCUUUGCUUCGUUUCGAACUAAUCAGUCCCUGGAAAGAUGUUUCCUGAGCACAUAACUGUAUUCAUAUUUGUGGGUUUAUCCUUCGCACAAGUGUCGCGUAUAUCAACCGCAGUGACACCUACAGCAACUUAUAUAGUAUCCAGCAGCAGCCGUUAUGCACCCGCCAUACAGCCCACAACUUCAGCACAAGAUUGUCCAGCAGACGGAAAGCCAACCGUAAAAUCAUCGUGCGGCAGGUAUACUUUACAGUCAUACAAUCUUAAGUGGAACGAUGAUUUGAACAAUAGCUCAUCAUUAAUUUAUCAGAUCCUGAAAAAAGGGAUGUUGCAUAUCGUAAGUGGAUACUAUUUUGUUGGAUAG